AUGGUCCUUCGGCACAGGGCCGGACACACAAGCUGCUUGGCUGUCUCCAACCAGGCGGCAGCUGGUUUCAUGUUCACGGAGGGUUUCGUGUUGUUCACCGUCCUCCAGGAGCAACUGGCCUGGAAUGAUGAAAUAGAGCAUGCCGUGGAGGUUGCAGGGCGCGAUGCCGGCAACAACGCAGGCCCAGGCGGGCCCUGGGAUGCCCUCCGCAUUUUAGCCCCUCAGUGUGAGGUAUAUGUGUGCGUGGGCCCAGCGGAGGGGACAGAGCGCUGGCACGAGAGCAGGGAUUAUCCCCCGCUCAACCCCGGAGCUGAGGGUGAGCACAGAGAAACUGGCACCGACCCCAGCGCCCGUGCCGAAGCCAACUCCACGCUUGCCAGGGAUGGGGAAAUGACCCUGUUGUGGGACAACACUUUGGGAUUGGGCAAACGGGACAUGAUGAGCUACGCGGGCCACAAGGAGGAGGUGCGGCUGCGAGCCCCACAGGCAGACAGACCCAGGUGGGCUCAGCCUGUUUCCUCUGGAUCCUGGCGUGGGUACCCCGGCGGCGGGGGCACGGAGGGGCGGCAUGGGCUGGAGAGGCAGGAGUACACGGUGCUGGCAGACCUGCCCAAGCCCAAGCGCCUCAGCCAGCGGGAUGCUGUCGACCGCUGCAGCUCCCGCACGCUCAGCCCUGGCCGGGUGGAGGUGGAAAGGAUAUUUGGCUGCGAGCGCAGGAAAUCGGAGACCCUGGAGGCCUUCCAGGCCCUGGAGGAAGGCCGCGUGGACCGGCUCGAUGGCAAGACCCCGGUGCCACCCAGCAAAGGCCGCCUAGUUCGGAGGCAGACCAGCCCCAGCCUGCCCAGGGAGGGCCAGCAGCUCUCCUGGCACCUCGAGCAGCGCAGCAGAGACCCCAAGGAGCCCCUGCGCUCCCCCAGCCCGGCUCAGCACCCAGAGAGGGCCAGCAGGAUCCAGGGGGAUCCCCCGCGCCCCGCCAGCCCUGGCUGGCUGCUGGAGAGAGGCAGCCGGAGCCCACGCUCUGCAAGCCCAGCCCGCCGGUCGGAGAGGAGGGCAGGGGAGCCCGGGAGCCCUCCCUGGCGCUUGGAGAAAAGCUGGAGGAGCCGAGGGGAGCCCGGCCACCCCCCAAACUCAGAGAGGGGCCGAGCCGCCUGGCAGGCAGGGGGUACAGGGCAAGGCCUGGAGAGGAAGAGCCGAGGGGACCCCUUGCACCCUAUGGGCCUUGGGAAGGGCUCGGAUAACAGCGGGCUGAGCCAGGCAGGGCCACCACCGCGGUCCCUCAGUCCUGGGAGAUGUACAGAGAGCACGUGCAGAAGCCAAAAGGAGAUCUCCCCUCCUGCCCCGGUGCGGGGGGCAGAGAGGCAACAGGUGAAACCAGGGGAGCCGCUGCGCCUCAGGGAGCCCGGGAAGCCAUCCGAAUGUGGCUGGCAGAGCCUCCAGGAAAAACUGCCCCCCUCUCACCCCGGGAAGGGCGCUGGCAGUGGCUGGAAAGGUCGAGGCAAGCCCCUGCACCCCGCGAGCCCAACACGACCACUGGAGAAGGACUGGAGGGGACAGGGGGAUGCCCACAAAGCACAGGCAUGGGAGAAGGACUGGAAGCGCCAAGAGAAGCCCGUGUGCCAUGCGGAUGUGAUGCGCCAGCUGGAAAGGGACUGGAAAAGCCCUGCUAGAUGUCUGGACAUAGGACUACGGCCGGAUGACAGCUGGAAAAGGCCUGAGAGUCCAGCACAACGGCUGGAGGACGACUGGAAGGGUCCCGAGCACACCCGAGACAGAAACAACCCAGAGAAGCCAUUGGAAAGCGACUGCGGGAACAAGAGGCUUCUCAUUUAUCACCCCCAGCUGGGUGGAGGCGCCUUCCCACCGCAAAGCAGUGUCGGCUCCUCGGGAAGCCCGCAGCCACGCUCGAAUGCCCGUGAGAAGUGCAACAAGCCGGAUCUCCUCAAUUUCAAGAAGGGAUGGAUGUCCAUCCUGGACGAGCCAGGAGAGUGGAAGAAACAUUGGUUCGUGCUGACUGACUCGAGCCUGAGGUAUUACCGGGACUCGAACGCGGAGGAGGCUGAUGACCUCGAUGGAGAAAUAGACCUCCGCUCCUGCACGGACGUGACAGAGUUUGCAGUGCAGCGCAACUAUGGCUUCCAGAUACACACGAAGGAUGCCGUCUUCACCCUGUCGGCGAUGACCUCGGGCAUCCGGCGCAACUGGAUUGAGGCCCUGAGGAAGAACGUGCGCCCAGUCAGUGCUCCGGACGUCACCAAGCUCUCAGACUGCGAUAAGGAGAACUCCUUCCGUAACUGCGUCCCCCAGAAGGGCUCGCUCCAGACGGAGGAGCAGCAGCGGCCGGGCUCAGGCUCCGAGGGGAACUCUAAGGGCGGUCACUGGAAGGCGGACAGGCAGCGCCAUGCCUUUGACUAUGUGGAGCUGUCUCCCUUGCCACAGGACCCCGGGAAUCAGGGGUCCCCGCAGAGGACGAGAGGGAGCUUGAGGAUCUCUGACCGAACUCCUAAGCAUGAGGAGCUGGAGCGGGAUCUGGCUGUCCGUUCGGAGGAGAGGCGGAAAUGGUUCGAGACCCCUGAUGGCAGGGUCCCAAAUAGUGAUGGCCUGGUGGGGGACUCUUCCCGCAAGGCAGGGGAGCAGGACCUCCCUGCUUCCCCGCUUUCGGAGGACCAGCGGAUUCGGCUGAAUGAGGAGAUAGAGAAGAAGUGGCUGGAGCUGGAACGCCUGCCCUUGAAGGGCUCGCGGCGGGUGCCCUUGACAGCACUGCUAAACCAGAGCAAGGGGGGCCACGGAGACACCAACGAGGCGCUGAAAAAGGAGGUCCAGUUGCUGCGAGCGCAGCUGGAGUCCUGCCAGGCCCGAAAUGAGAGCCUUCGGGAGGCGGCAAAAUCCCAGGGAGACGGCCACGUGCCCCGGGGAUACAUCUCACAGGAGGCCUGCGAGCGCAGCCUGGCCGAGAUGGAGUCAUCCCACCAGCAAGUGAUGGAGGAGCUCCAGAGGCACCACCAGCGGGAGCUGGAGCGGCUGCGACAGGAGAAGGAGCGGCUCCUGGCAGAGGAGGCUGCGGCAACGGCAGCAGCCAUUGAGGCACUGAAGAAAGCCCACCGGGAGGAGAUGAAUAAGGAGCUGGGCAGGACACGAAGCUUCCAGCAGUGCGGCUCGGUCUCAGAUGCCCUCCAGAAGCAGCACCAGUUGGAUGUGGAUUCCCUGAAGCGGGAGCUGCAGGUGCUUUCUGAACAGUACUCCCAAAAGUGCUUGGAAAUUGGGGAGCUCACCCAGAAGGCAGAAGAGCAGGAGCAGACGCUGCUGCGCUGUCAGCAGGAGGGGAAGGAGCUCCUCCGGAAAAACCAGGAGCUGCAGACCCGCCUCUCGGAUGAGAUCGGGAAGCUGCGAAGUUUUAUUUCAUCGCGGGGCUCUGGGGACCGCUCUCCGCACAACAACGAGCGGAGUUCCUGCGAGCUGGAGGUGCUGCUGCGCGUGAAGGAGAACGAGCUCCAGUACCUAAAAAAAGAGGUGCAGUGCCUCCGGGAGGAGCUGCAGAUGAUGCAAAAGGAUAAGAGAUUUGCCUCAGGGAAAUACCAAGACGUCUAUGCAGAGCUCAAUCACAUUAAGGUGCGCUCGGAGCGAGAGAUCGAGCAGCUGAAGGAGCACCUGCGCCUGGCCAUGGCAGCUCUGCAGGAGAAGGAGUCGCUGUGCAACAGCGUCGGCGAGUAA